AUGGAGAACCUUCACACAGAUGUAGUAGAGAACAUACUUUCUCGAUUACCAAUUGAUAAAGCUUUACAAGCCAAACGUGUAUGCAACACAUGGAGGUAUCUCGUUCGUAGCAAGACUGAUAGGGUGGGUUUGCUUGUUGCUGUCUCAUACUCUCAUGAUGAAAACAAACACAAACUUUAUUAUGGUGAUCAUCAGUAUGAUCAUAUUCAUGGGAAGAUGAAGUACACAUAUGAUGCGCUCUAUAAGAUGGACGAUGUCAAAUUCAUGGAUGGCAUGCUUGGGUCAUGCAAUGGUUUGGUCUGUUUCCAAAGACACUAUCCAUGUCCCGAAGAAUCUUUUUUAAUUUGCAAUCCCAUCACAGGAGAAGCUUUUUAUGUUCCUAACCCUAAUAACUGUACAGCAUCCAGUGGGUUUGGUUAUUGUCAAUCAACCAACCAGUACAAAAUUGUUAGAAUGUCCUACCAAGUAGAAGCAAGGGAGUACCAUGUCCAAGUCUAUACACUCGGUGGUGCUGAGUGGAGAAACAAAGGAUCCAUCCAGACUUCCCUUUUGCAUUCGACAGGUAUUUAUGCAAACGGAGCUCUUCGUAGCAGUAGUCAGCUGCCUGAAGAUAAUAUGAUCAUAGCGUUUGAUUUGGAUAAUGAGAAGUUCCAGUUUUAUCCCAUUGUCACGUUUUAA